AGCAUGCUGCCAGCAACUGUUAAACUCUGCUGUGGAAUCUCACACCAGCAUUUUAGAAACAUGACAGGAUUGAAACAUACUGCUAUGGCUGCUAUUGGACAAGAAAUAACUCCAGUUAAACUGACAGAUAACAUUUUAUCCAAUUGUCCUCCAGGACUUAGAAAAGAAGCUACUGUUACUCAAUCCAAGGAAUUUAAAGAUGAAGAACUACUCUAUGUGAAGCAAGGAAAGGAAGCUUUACAAAGGGCAGUAGAGAUCCUGGAACAGCAGGGGGGGUGGCAAACAGAAAUAUCAGAGGAAAAUGGAGAUGUAGUCCUAAGCAAGAUACUCCCUGGAAUUGGAAAGGUCUUUAAACUAGAGGCUGUUUUGGAUGCAACACCCGAGGAGCUUCACAAUCAGCUGUUUGCCAAAGUGGAAGAAAUGAAUAAAUGGAACCCAAACAUUAAACAAAUUAAAGUCUUACAUCAAGUUGACAAGGACACCAUGGUGACCCACGAGGUAACUGCUGAGGCAGCAGGGAAUCUGAUUGGACAAAGGGAUUUUGUGAGCAUCAGGCACUGCUGGAAACAAAAGGCUUCAUUUUAUUUAGCAGGGGCUGCCAUACAACUGGAAUCCUUACCACCACAAAAAGGCUUUGUAAGAGCUCAAGGUGGACCUACCUGCAUUAUCCUGGAGCCUCUAGAAGGUGACAAAAAUAAGAGCCGUUUCACAUGGCUUCUUAAUAUGGAUCUCAAGGGCUGGCUUCCCAAGUCCAUUGUCAAUCAAGCUUUGCCUCAAGCCCAGGCAGAUUUUACAAGAUAUUUGCGGAAACGACUGUCUGCAAGGCUAACCUCUGUGCAGCGCUGA